AUGUCUGAUCCAUCGAUUUACACCAGCUCCCCCCCGGGGCUCGACUUCGACGAUUCAAGCCUCAGCUAUUUCAUACCCCUUGCUACUACAUUUCGCAUCGAAGAGGCGUUCGAAAAUGACCUCAAGGAACACCGAGAGCCGUUCGCCUCAGUAGAGCGGCGGGAGCCUCUCUUCUUUGAUGAAUCCGUCGAUGUCUACUUCGUUCUCCAAUGCCCCAAUGCCGAGGAGGAUAGUCUAGGUGCCUCUCUUCGGAGUCUAGUCAUAUCUCUCGAAGCGCACAUCGUCAACGGCGGCGCACUGGAUCGCGAUGGCCAACCCGCUUCUGAACUUGUUUAUACCGGUGCCGUAGACGACAUGAAUCAUCCCACCAUACUGUUCGGCUCUUCACGCGGCCCCGCCUGGAAUGGUGGAGGCGAUAGUAAUGGCGACGGCAGUGGCGACGGCAGUGGCGAAGGAGAAGGGCAACAGGAAGGCAAAGGGGAGGGCCAAGAGACGUACAGGCAUUUUGCCGUUGCUGUCUGGAAACUCCCGGUCUUUCUCGGCCGGCCUAGGAUGAGACUUCAAAGCCCCUCAGUCGUCUUCACUGCCACGGCGGGUUUAAAAUCGGCUGACUCGUCUCAACUUGACGAGCCUCGGGACGGUUACCUACCGAGUGGUAUAGCAUCGGGGCUCAAUCUUCUGGAGUCCUUUGGAAGCGACCCUGCUAUGAACGGGAUCAAGCCUCAGUUAUCCGCCCUACGGGUCUCCCGUGUCGUGCCAGCUACGCAGCGGGUGAAGGACGCCCUUCAGUCGAUCAAGUCGUUGUCCAAAUUAUCUCAACAUAUAUAUCCCACCGCGCACUCACGCAUACGCUUUACGCAUCUCAACGACUCCCCAUCGGCGGCGACGAUUCUCGCGAUACUCGAGGUCGACUUCACCCCCUUCUUCGACUGUGAGAUCGUACUCGACAAGAUAUCGCUCUCGGUCGCGGACGCCCUGGUAGAGGAUCUGACAGGCCAGGCCGGGAUGCCACUCCCAGUUUCUUGCGUCGCGCACGACCACGUCACAUUCUUGUACCGCAUCUCUGCAAACGAAGCCAACGUGACAUCAAGAAAUGUCGUGCGCGACCUCGGUAUUGUAAUCUCUGCAACAGCUCUCGUACGCCUGGGAACCUGUCAGCCUCAUUUGAAUAUGGCGUGGACUACUUCGGUCGACUUCACCGCGCCGGUCAACCCUGGUUACGGCACAACUUUGCAACCUAUCAAGCGCUCCCACCGCCCUAGCCAACUCUCUAUCGGGGGCGAGAGCACGACAUCUCUAACGGCGCCAUCCGUUGCCCGACCGGAUUCGUUACCCUUGCUCGAAGCUGCGACGUCGCGAACCGAGGUUGCCGCACCCGAUGUAGGCAUUACCAUGACUUUUACCGCCCCGCCCCCGAGCCAGAAGAUCUAUGCGGGGGACGAAUUCGUCUGGAGUGUAUUUGUCGUUAAUCGGUCCCUGGUAUCGUCGACGACCCCGAGGAAGCUAGCGAUAGUGGUCAUUCCGAAGCGGCGGCGCAACGAAUCACGAGUUAACCGACCCCCCUCAAUUUCGAGAUUGCCAGAAGCUCUCCAUGGUCAGUCCCAGGCGCCGAAGACGUCGAGGGACCGGAACGUGGCAGACGCGGUUCUCGACGAGAACGUCGUCCACGCGAUGCAACAUAGCAGCAUCGUCGACAGCGCGGAAGUCGUGUGUCUCAGCGCGGACGUGAGAGUUGGUCCGCUCGCGCCCGGGGCGUGUCAUGUUGUCGAGCUUAAGUUCUUGGCCCUCAAAGUGGGGAUUGCAAAUGUGGAGGCGGUCCGGGUUAUCGACCUCGCCAACAACGAACACGUCGAUAUCAGGGAGUUGCCGACCGUCGUCAUCCAGGAAAAAGCCAUAGCUGUGGCCUAG